GGCAGGGGAUGCCAUUCCAACCACGAUGAGGGACCUGAAUCCACCGCCGAGCCCUGCCUCACCUAGCAACGAGACUACCCUAUCAUCUGUAUCCGACUAUGACUUCGUCCAUGACCUCAAUCAUAUGCUCUGUGAGAUGGAGUACCUCAAUAGAACAAAUAUGUUUAUCGACAGAGGAGUGAGUUUCUGCAAUGCAUCACACGAUAAACUGCUAUGCUGGCCGCCGAUAGAAGCCGGAGAUAAUGUGAGCAUCCCAUGUCCGCCGCGAACAUAUCCAUUCAAAGCAACUCGGUUUUGCUUGGACACAGGGGAAUGGGCUGCUUUCACGCAUUACAAUGACUGCCAUACAUUCAUAUUUCCGGAACAGCCAACGAGUCCUACUUUCUACCUUGCUCUCCGAUACGUUUACCUGAUCGGCAUCACGCUGUCCCUCGUUCUUCUUCUCAUCACCCUCUUCAUAUUCUGCUACUUUAAGGCGUUGCAAUGCACUCGUAUUGCCAUCCACAAGAACCUCGUUGUAUCAUUCAUCUUUAGAUAUAUUUUGAUGAUAUUACAACUACAACCUCUUCUUACCAUGGAUUACAGCACUGAAAUUCAGCUAAGUUCGUCAAAUUUUCAAAAUGACAACAAAAAUGACUUCGUUCUCCAUAAAGUACCUGGAUUUUGUCGGUUAAUCCUUGUUCUGCUGGAGUAUUUUAGUAUGGCCAACAUGUACUGGAUGUUUGUAGAAGGCCUCUAUCUAACCAGCCGGAUUGCUGUCGCCGUCUUCAGCACCGAAUCCAACUUUAAAAUAUACCUUGCCAUCGGUUGGGUUUCUCCGCUUCUGUUCACCAUACCAUGGGCUAUCGUGAUGAGCUAUGACAGCCCUUCACCCUGUUGGGUCGACUAUCUUGACACAGCAUACAUAUGGAUCCUCAGAGCCCCUCUAAUAGCUGCACUGGUGAUUAACACUUUAUUCCUGAUCAACAUCAUAAGGAUUCUCAUUACCAAGCUACAGGCCACUCACACCAUGGAAACGAACCAAAUGAGGAAAGCGACGAAAGCUGUCGCAGUCUUGUUUCCAUUGCUGGGUUUGACCAAUCUUAUUUUCUUCUGGCAUGGGAACAGUGAGAACGAGACAGAGAUGAAAGCAUUCACUGUCACUAAUGCCGUUCUACAAUCAACACAGGGUGUUUUCGUGGCGGUGAUCUACUGUUUCUUGAAUACAGAGGUUCGGAAGUUGGUCAAACGCAAGGUGUUGGCAAGUCUGGAUGAGUACGGUAAGCGGACUCCUCGUCGAAGUCAUCAGUACCAUACGACCAACGGCUCGUGCGGAGUGCCUACCACAUCAGAGGUCGUCAUGGCGGUGUCGUACCGGCGGAGUACGCAUGAUCAGUCAACGAUAGCUGACCCGGACCAGUACACGGAAAUGAAACCUUUUACUUCCGAGUGCGGCGAGAGCUGAGCAACCAGAGUUUGGACAUAGCUUUGAAUAAAGACAGAGACUAAGGAACUGUACUUGUAUGGACGAUUCCCAUGCUUCAAGGAUCAAAUGCUGUUUUUGAAAGAUAUCCCUUGCCAAAUAUAUGUUUGUAAUGCACUUCACUGUAGCGGAAAAGCUGAAAGGACUUGUAUUUAUUGUAAAUAUAAAUCAUUAUCAUAACGAUAAAAAAGACAUUGGCGCACUACGUAUGGAGUUGCCUGUACAAGUGCUGAAUUUACAGACUUUCGUAUGUCGUUUGGAAGUGUGAGAGGUACCGUACCUCUUGAGCUGCGCUGGACGCCAUUUUGUUUCUCUUGACAGCUGAACGAUUGGCAAUCAUUGGUUCGUAAUUCAAUGGAUAUUCCACCCUCUUGGACUUGGUUUUUAUUGUCGAAUGUUACGUAUAUUGUCAAUGAUACAAGUAGUACCGUUAUACAUUAAUAUUCCGAUGUCUUUUUAAAAUUGAAAACGUGGAGAUUAUUUUUUGUGAUGAAAAAAAGUGUAUUGAAUACAACCACACAUUAUCUAAAAUAACGAAGAAACGCCACGGAGUCUCAGAAGAAAAUGUCUACAUUUUCCUGCUCCUCUCCGCCAUGGGAGUUGGAGGCUAAAACUGCGUUGGUUGGUCAAUUGGGGGUUUAUGUAACGUAAUACAUAAGCGUCACACUAGGUAUUGAUUUUUUAUUGUUGGAUUUGAGAUUACUAUACUGUUGCACUAUUACAUGAUUGUAGGUAUUACGUUAAUAAUUUAUGUGAUUUUGUGAAUCUCGUUUCAAUCGACGCGUAACUAAGUGUACAUUAGUGUAUUAUAUAUAAAAAUUAAAUAUAUAUGUAAAUACGAAUGCGAGAUAACGGUUGGUCAGUCUUUUAUCAUGUAUGUAUUUUUUAUGUGCCAAGUUAAUGUGUAUUGAAAGAGAUUCGCAAUUGGGAGCCUGUCCCAAAAUAGUCAAAGCCAUUUACAAUUUAUCCCCUUUAACUGUCCAUGAAUUUACACACUUAUGUCGAACACUGCCGCCAGUCAGGCCCACACACCCUAAAGAGAUGUAAAGUUGGCUUGAUGUUCAUUGUGUCUGCAAGGUAAUGCUGACUUGAUCUUGGCUUUACCUCAUCUCACCCAAUCUUUUCAUUUUUUCUCAUUUUUUUUUUUUUUUGGGGGGGGGGGGAUCUGGUCCAGGUUCAUGUAAGGAUGUUUGCAAGAAUCAUAAUACAUAUGACACAUAAUAUUUUAAAACACAAAAGUUCAGACUCUUUGAGAACAGACUAAACGUCACUGUAAAACUUGAGGAACAGCACAACUGGACUUUCCGUUCUGAUACUAAGUUCAAUCUACGUAACCGGACAGUUAGCAAAACGUAUACCCCCCAAAUAGCGACAUAAAACUCUAUUAAGUUUGCUAAACUUAUCUCAAGAUAAGGAGGGGGGUGCCCCUCUAAGAACAUAUCAAAUUGGCUUUGACUGAACUGACUUUUACUCGGGCACACAAUUCGCUUAUCCUCAUAACCUAUUAAAUACAUUAUAUUCUGUGAUAAAGAUAAUGACAUUAAGGAAGGAUUGCUUAAGACUUAAUUAUAUUGCAUCUUAUGGACUUUGCGAGGAACUAAAGUAUGGAAUGCUAAAUGAAAGUCCCUUUUUUAAUAAAGCGUUAUUAUAUUUUCAUAACCGUCCAAUUGGAAUAAAAUACUUCCUAUUUCAAGUUGAUUAACCUAGUGAUUGUAAUCUUUAUCUCGUUCAUCUGUAUAUUUAUGUUUUAUCUUCCAGAUCAGGGAAUAAAAUAAUGAAGAUUGGGCGUUAAUGUGGUGACUUAAUCCGUAUUCCCUUUAUUGGUAAAGCCAUGUGCAAGCUUGCUCGCAUGGUUGUGAAACAGACCACUUGACUGCUGACAUACCUUGUGAAACGACCCCCUUGACUGAUUUAAUUACCAGAAAAUGAUCAAUACACUAGGUAGGGUCCGUUGCAAAAAAUGUAAAUAAUAACUUUUCAGUCUGUAUCUUUAAUACAUUUCGGUAUUGUGUUUUAUUUACGUGAGUUGCAUUCAAACCCAUGUCUUUGUGCAACGUGUACCUUGAACUGAUAAACUGUGCGAAGCAACACUGGACGUUUCCUUGGCCCCGUCUUACAAAGAGUUACGCUUGAUCUGAUCACCCUAAACUCUAUGGAAAUCCAUUAAUGUCGUAUUUUUUUCUACAUGAAAGUUGCACAAUGUCCUUUGUAAUAAAAGAAAGAGAAGUACAUUGAAUUCUCAAAUAAAUGAUGAAUGUAUGAAUAUACAUCAUAUCUAGAAAAUAUUUUGAACAAAAAUGCAUUUUAGAUGUUGACGUUGCUGGCUUCCCAUAGCUGUGGUUGAUCGAGUCUAUCGCAACUCUUUGUGUGACAGGGCCCGUGAUGUCCUAGUCAUACCAACGUCAUCGCUUCCAGACCGAUAACAUCUAAUGCGUUAUUUGGAAUGGCGCAGCACCGGUUUGUUUCUAGAUUGUUUCGUUGGUGUGACUGCGAAGCCGCUGCAUCGGACCUGAGAAAAAUGUUUCACAACUUCUGCGCAUGCGGAAAAGUCAACACUAUAUGUCUUAUUGGUUUCCAUGACGUCAUUAUUCCGACAAAAUAGUUUGGUUCUGUGAAAACAAAGUGGCGAUGUAAUGACUUGGGUAUUCAUACUAGACCAGGGGCCCGUUUAAUAAAGGACUUGCAACUGUUGUAACUUUGCCAUAAUGGCAACUACCAUGGUAACAGGGCUCAGCAGCCAAUCAGAAUCAAGGUUUCCAUGGUAGUGCCUUAAUGGCAAAGUUACAACAGUUGCAAGUCCUUUAUGAAACGGGCCCCAGAAAGUUCCGACCAAUUCCGUAAAUUCCUCAUGAUCUGAUCAUGAACAUCAUGACAAUUAUCAAGACUAACUGACCGGAUGGACAUUAUCUAAGAUCAUUUCCCAACUUCACCUCCUAAAGACUACCAUUAUACACAUUCGGCCCCCCCCCCUAUUUCGUGAUGAGGGCUGGGGGGGGGGGGGGGACUUUCCACUUUGAUACGAGAAUGAACCAGGAAUAUGAUAGGGGUUUUAGUACCAGCAUUGGAGUGCUGUAGCGUGAUGAUAGAAAACAAUAACACUUAAACAUUACAUAAAGCUUCAAGUACUUAAAAGAAAUUAAUAUCAUGCUGUUCAUUAUGCUGCCGACACAUUUAAUCAGGAAAAAUAAAGCAGUUUUAUUGACGAGAUCUUUUUAUACUAAGAAUACUAACAAACAUUGAAACACAAUGUGCUUCGAAAUUUUAAAAUGAGUGAGAUUUGUUAUAAUUCACAACCUAAAACUUUUAUUUUAUGCAUAUAGGGGCCUUUUCACACGUGAAUCUUGGAUCAUCAUUGUAAUGAUGAUUGCUACUCGCCUUUAGAAUCAUCGGACCUUUCACACGCUCACUCGAAACUGCGGUUUGAAUUCGAAUUCCCGAGCGAAGGCGGUAUGUGUCCUUGGUGACUUGUCAAUCAAAGCACUGCAUCGAUACGAUGAGUGCAUGACAAUUGUAUUACCAACGGAAGUGCUUGAAAGAACACGUAAGCUCCGCCCAAAAAGAUGUUUUAGAGGUCAAGCCUUUCACACGUACAAUUCGUAGCGUAAUUUGAGCGAAACUUAACUGGAAUUUACCUCCAGAGUAUAAUUUGGAUUCGUGAUUAGUGUUCGUGAUUCUAGUUUGGUUUCACAUGUGCUAAAAUUUCGUUUUCAGUCUUACUUUUCACUGGAAUUAUCAUCAUUCAAAUUACGAUUUUUUUUUACCGUGUGAAAGGGCGGAUAGUCAUGUCAAUAUUUCUUUUCAUCUUAGCAAUCUUUUGCAGGUGGCAUGUUUGCCAAACCCUCUCCCCUGCUAUGAGUUUUGUCCCAAGAUCCAUUAAUGUUUGACAGAGUUAAAGGGGAAGUUCACCCUGACAAAAAGUUUGUCGUAAAAAAAAAUGCUAAAAAAUUAUUGGUGAGAUGUUGAGGAAAUUCCAUCGUAGAUUAAGAAAGUUAUUAAUAGUUACUUUAAGAAUUUGAUUUGCGACGUCAUAUAUUUGCCAUGAGCUGCCACAUAGGUUAUGUAAUAUAAAAUGCAUGAAUUUCAUUUUUUAAUGGUUCAUUAUGUAUACAAAUAAAAUCCUAUCAGGAGCAGAUAUGAAGUGAUUUAUACUGGAAGUACAAUAACCAUUUUCAUUUUUUAAAGAAAAUGACAGUUUAGUGAUUUUUGCACGAUGCAUGGAAGCUGCUCGCGUAUGACGUCACAAAUAAAAAAAAAAUCUAAUAACUUUUCAAAUCUUUGAUAGAUUUUCCUCAAACCUUUACUAAUGUUUUUAAUUAUUUUCUGCUACUUUUACGAUUUUUCUUAUCAGUUUGAACUUCCCUUUCAAGCCAGUCCAUUUAUGCCAAGAUUUAUUCCAAUUACACAAAACGGGUGUCAUUGCUCAAGAAGAAAGUAACAAGUUUGAAUGACUUUCAAAGUAUGUCAUAUAGCAGCAUGUCAACGAACAAUGUCGAGAACUCCCAAUGAUAACGUGAGGGAUUUUCUUUAGGGGUUUAACAUGAGAAAGUAUAUCAUAUUCGGAAAUGAAUUCCGGCUGUGAGGAUGUGUUAUCAUUUCAGAAAUUCUAUUCAUCUGUAAAAUGCCAUAUAAAUUGUUUUAUCAAUCUUGAAAUGUGGUUUCUUUCUUUUUUAACUAUAAAUUUACAUGUUUGAUUGAUUUAUUGAAAAAAACUGUUAAUUCUAUUUCAAUUAAAAUCAUAUGAAAUGUCAAGCACAUUUUGAA